ACCAAUAGCUGAUCUCAAGGCAUCAAACGCGCGGUGUUCUUGUGGAGAUAAAAUAACACGUUGUUGUCCAACACGGACAACAACUAGCGGAAGUGAACUUCUAAUUCAUUCGAUUCAUUUAAUAAGAUUUAUUUAAUCAGAUUUAAAGGAAUUGUCUUACUUAUUUAAAAUCGUUUUUUUUUUUAAAAGCAGUUACAUAUUUGUUUUUUAUCUAACCGUAAAUGUAGUUCUUUAAGUGUAUUUUUCAUCAUUCUUUCCCUAAACUGUUUUUUAAGCAUAUCGGAUAAUUGUUAAAUUCAAUUUUUGUAACUUAAAAAUGUAAACAAUAAAUAAAAAAUACAUAAUAUGGAUAUGUACACAGUCCACAUGUAGCAGCAUUGCCCCCUGGUGGAAGACCAUGGACUCGGCGGCGACGCGACGUUCUCAGUGGGUCAGUAGGAGGUCGCAGCGGGUCGAGAAGCACUGAGGCUGAGCGGACCUGAAGAGCUUCAGGAAGUACAGGCGAGGAUCGGACCUUCAGCUCUGAAUGUAUUAAAAUCACAGCCUCGUGAAGAUCAUUCGUAAAAGCCCCAAAUUUCGUCAUGCCGGAAUCAAAGAAUCGGUCCUCCCAUCCUGUCUCCGUGCUCCAGGUCACGAAGUGGGCGUGCCUGUGGCUCCUGGCCUGGUGGGCGGGCCCCGCCCUGGGCUACAGGAACGGGCGGGUCCAGGUGGUGUGCGGGAGCAUGGAGCCGCUUCACGGCCACAGCCCUAGCCCCGACCCCGCCCCGUACCGCCUCACCGUGGACGGGUCCACGGUCAAGCCCGGAGACCGCGUCACCGUGACGCUGCUGGCCAGCGACAGCUCCUCCCCGUUCAAAGGCUUCCUCCUGGAGGCCCGUGAUGCCGCGGCCCCCAACUCCACCGUGGCCUUGGGGUCCUUCAGCCUGCUGCAGCCCGGCGUCUCCCAGCUGCUGGGCUGCGGGGGCCGACAGGCGUCUGGUGUGAGUCACACCAGUGACUCAAAAAAACAUCAAGUGCAGGCGGUGUGGACCUGCCCCAAGGACUCGCCCCCCACCGUCCAGUUCUUCGCUACGGUGGUCCAGAAGAAGAAGCUGUACUGGGUCCAGGUACCGGGCCCGGUGGUGGCCGUUACCGGGGCUGCUUCAACCACAGCUGGGGUCCUCACCCCCCCCGCCACGGCCGCCGGCCUUCCCGCUGCGUUCAGCUCAGAGGGCUGUGGACACAACAAGUCCUGCCUCAGGGAGCCAGCGGGCUGCCGUCCAGAGAACGACCGGGACUGCUUCUUCCUGUCCUUCCGCCCGGACGCCAUCGGGGGCAGCGCGCUGUUCGAGCUCAGCGGCCCGGCGGAGGGAUACGUGGCGCUGGGCCUCUCGCUGGACACCUGGAUGGGCAACGAUGACGUCUACUUGUGCAUUCAAGACCAAGGCCGAGUCCACAUCCAGGCCGCCUCCGUCUCCGGACGGACCCGCCCUGAGCCGGCUCCUGAGGGGACCCUGCGGGACCAGGUCGGGGCCAUGACCGACGGGGUCAUCCAGUGCCGUUUCCGUAGAGACGUCCGCAUCCCUCAGACGGACCAGAGGUUUGACCUGGACCAGAGCUACUUCCUGUUCCUGGCCCACGGCAGAUAUGAAAACGGCUACACUAGGAGGCACCACAGACAGCCUCUGAUCUCCAGUGUCAGAGCGCUGGUCGUUGGACCCCCUGUCGACCUCUCUGGCUCCCGCUCUCCGCUGAUCAUCAAGCUCCACGGGGUCAUUAUGCUGGCAGCUUGGAUGUGGGUCGUCAGCACGGGCGUCCUCUUCGCCCGACACUUCAGACACGUGUGGCCAGACGUUCUGCUGAGAGGAGGCAAGGUGUGGUUCCAGGUACACCGAGGCCUGAUGCUGCUGGCAGUCAGCCUCAUCAGUGUGGCCUUCACCCUUCCGUUCCUGUACCGAGGAGGCUGGAGCAAACGUGCAGGCUACCAUCCAUACAUGGGCUGUGCUGUCCUGGGCCUCUGCAUCGUCCAGCCAAUCAUAGCCCUGUUCAGACCUGCUCCCCUGUCCCCCAGGAGGCGUCUCUUCAACCUGGUUCAUCGCUCAGCAGGCCGCUGGCUGCAGAUGCAGGCUGUGGUGUGUGUUUACCUGGGCUUCCGGCAGCAGGCCUGCUGCUGCAGGGCCCCCAGGCCACAGGGGCCCUGGUUGGCUGGGGGCUCUGGAUCAUGCUGGCUGAACUCGGGCUGCACUUCCACUCCAUCUCCCGGCCAGGGCAAACCAAGUCGUUCAGCAACAUGGCCACAUGGUUUUCAUCUGCUGGGAACACUGGGAACACUGGUAACACUGGGGACAAUGACGACCUCCCCCUCGUCACACUGGAGGACCCAAGCCCACCACCGGCGUACGUGUUUGAGAAGACGCUGAUGCUUGUGCACCAGCUGGGAAACAUCUCGUUCUUCUGGGUCCUGGUGAACGCUGUAGCGAAGGUUUAGCUCUGCUACCUCUGGUCCUGGUGAACGCUGUAGCGAAGGUUGAGCUCUGGUUCCUCUGGUCCUGUGAACGCUGUAGCGAAGGUUUAGCUCUGGUUCCUCUGGUCCUGGUGAACGCUGUAGCGAAGGUUUAGCUCUGGUUCCUCUGGUCCUGGUGAACACUGUAGUGAAGGUCUAGCUCUGGUUCCUCUGGUCCUGGUGAACGCUAUAGCGAAGGUUGAGCUCUGGUUCCUCUGGUCCUGGUGAACGCUGUAGCGAAGGUUUAGCUCUGGUUCCUCUGGUCCUGGUGAACGCUGUACGCGAAGGUUUAGCUCUGGUUCCUCUGGUCCUGGUGAACACUGUAGUGAAGGUUGAGCUCUGGUUCCUCUGGUCCUGGUGAACGCUGUAGCGAAGGUUGAGCUCUGGUUCCUCUGGUCUGGUGAACGCUGUAGCGAAGGUUUGCUCUGGUUCCCUGGUCCUGGUGAACACUGUAGUGAAGGUCUAGCUCUGGUUCCUCGGUCCUGGUGAACACUGUAGUGAAGGUCUAGCUCUGGUUCCUCUGGUCCUGUUGAACACUGUAUGAAGGUUUAGCUCUGCUCAGCCUCACACAGAACAGGCUUUAUUAAUGGAAAGGAAUUUUAACUAUGCAUUUAUUGAAAGGUACUUUAAUGUGUUUUAGUGGACAGAGAUUGUGUAGGUGCGUCAUAAGUACACAAUUAUUGUAAGUAUUGGAGUUAUACUAAUGCUCAUAAAUCCUUACAUAUUUGUGAUACUCAUUGUGAAACAUUUGUGAUAUGGGUGUAUGUGUUUUAAACAAUUUAUAACAAAAUUCAUCAUCACCUAAAAUAUGAUGAACUAUUCCAUGCUCAUCUAUUUCCUUCUGAACACAAACAAAACCUUUAUAAUUAAUAAACACAAAAGGCAGAUCUUGA